AUGGCCGACCCUGCACAUAAACCCGAAGGAACACCUGAGAGGAUCAGUGACGAGCAUCCUGACAGUAAACCGGAGGAUACCGAGAGUGCAUCUACCACAGCAAAAUCUACACGAAACAAAGAGUCAUCCUCUCAGGAUCAGCCCACACAGGAGCUGAAGACUGAAAUGGCAGCUGGGGAAGACGAGGACGAAGGAACCUCUGGUCAGCCUUCUUCCAAAAGAUUAAAGGUGGAACCAGAGAAGAAAAAGGAGAAGCGCCACAAGGUUGAUGAGGAUGAAAUACAAAAGAUGCAAGUUUUGGUGUCGUCCUUUUCUGAAGAGCAACUGAAUCGCUACGAGAUGUACAGACGUUCGGCCUUCCCUAAGGCUGCUAUUAAGAGACUGAUCCAGUCCAUUACAGGGUCGUCAGUGUCCCAGAAUGUGGUGAUUGCCAUGUCUGGUAUUUCCAAGGUUUUUGCCGGUGAAAUUGUUGAGGAGGCCUUGGAUGUUUGUGAGAAGUGGGGAGACACCCCACCACUUCAGCCCAAACACAUGAGGGAAGCAGUGAGGAGGCUGAAGAGCCGAGAUCAGAUCCCCAACUCCAAGUACAAGAACAUUCUUUUCCACUGAGGAACCUGUAAUCAAAAGAUUGUAUGGGGGGGGGGUACCCGCUGUAAAAUGUGGUGCCAUGGUUUGGCAUGAAGCCUCCGUGGCCGGUCAAUAUUAGUCAAGAUUAGUAACUGUACUGAAAAACAGAUGAUACAGUUCAAUACUCACCUGUCAUUUACCUUGACUGGUGAAGGAAUACAGUCAUAUGGUGUGAAGUUCUAUUGAUGUAUUAUGCUUGUAAAUAAAGUAAGUUUUAUAAUUGG